GUCAUUGCCGUUGCUGUCAUGUUUGUAAACAAGGUUACUUUUGGCUUUUUGGCCUUGCUGCUGGUUUUCUCAGCUGAGGGAAAGCCUAUUGUUGAGGACAAGUCUCAGCUGUCUGUGUCUGAACUGCUACACAGAGCCAACAGAGGCAUCGUUCCUCAACCCGAUGAGCCCAAGCUAAUGGAUGACAUUGCUAUUAAUGAGAAAAAUGCUGAUCCAUGCACCACCUAUGGCUGCCUCUGGCCCAAAUACAGCGAUGGAAAUGUUUAUAUACCUUACGUCAUUGCCAACAGCUACUCCCCAUAUGAGGUGGAUAUCAUUCAGCGUGGUCUGGACUCCUUCUCCUACAGCACCUGCAUCCGCUUCUUCCCCCGGAGCACCGAGAGAGACUAUAUCAGCAUUGAGUCUCGCAGUGGAUGCUACUCAUACGUUGGUCGUCAGGGUUAUGCCCAGACCGUGUCUCUAGAACGUGGUGGCUGCACUUACCACAACAUUGUGCAGCAUGAACUUAUCCACGCUCUUGGCUUCAACCAUGAACAGACCCGUAGUGACCGUGACAAUCACAUCCAAGUCGUCUGGGAGAACAUCAUUGAAGACAUGAAGUACAACUUCAACAAAAUUGACACCCUAAACCAGGGAACUCCCUACGACUACAGCUCUGUGAUGCAGUAUGAGAGAUACGCAUUCUCCAAGAAUGGACUCCCCACUAUGAUUCCCAUUCCUGACAAUAAUGCAGAGCUGGGCACAUCUACUGAGAUGAGCCAGAAUGACAUCAUCAGAAUCAACAGGCUCUACCAGUGCUCUUAAAAAUAAAUAAGGAGCAGCUGUCCUUUAGGAGCAGUGGAAAUGCAUUCAGCCUCCAGACAUGCAGCACAGAGAAAACAGUUCACUGAAAAUCCAAAAGUCUUAUGGAUGUUGCUGACUACAAUGCUGAACUAGCAUCAUUCUAACAGAUGUAUUAAGCAAAUUUAUACACCAAUACAUUUUCAAAUAAAAAGAAGAAGAAAUGAAGAAAUG